CUACCCACGUGUGUUAAAGCAUCUUACUUUUCUCUUAAAGAGAAUACGUUCUUCUUGCGCAUCUUAAAAUUUUUCUGAUUUCGUACAGAGCAAAACAAGAUAUUUCAAAUUUUCGCAUUCAAAUCAUUCAUCUCAUUUGAACUAGCAAGUGCUUAAGUUUAUAAACUAGAAAAUAUCACGAAUUUUUUAACAAAACCUGUUUGAGAAGGAAUUUUAGGCAUUACCACUGGCGUUGCCUAUAUAAUUGACAAAACAAUUUUCAGUAAAAAUGGCCUCAAGUUCACCGAGAAACUCUUUGGGAAAUGUGAGAUCAGACAUGGAUAUUCCUUACCCAGAGCACCUUUCAAGAUUAAAUCGUCAUUUGAUUGUAGAGUACCCCAAAAGCCAAAAUCGUAGCAAACGCAACAAUCGUCCACGUACCAGGUAUCGCACUCAACCUGUUACAUUUGAUGAAAUUCAAGAAGUAGAUGAAGAAAAUUCUGUUCCAGACAACCCAAGUUUUGAUGAUGCUCCAGCUUCUCUCCCAGCAUCAAAAUUUAAUAUCGAAAUCUGUGCUUUUCCUAAUAUUUUGGGAUCCAAACGCAGAUUCCCAAAGUCCAAAUUGGGAGAUACAGAAAAGUCAACUGGAGAUAAAGAAAGAUAUGACAACAAUAAUGACGAGUUAAUGGUGCAACAGAAAUCAAUAGAUCAGUUAAAACGGAUUGACCGUUCUCGUGAAACGUCUAUUUGAACUAAUUUUUAUACUCUAUUGGUGUUUCCAUUGUUUAAUAUGUGAUGUUUCAGUAUUUUAAAAAGAAAUAUUUACUAUGCGUGAAGUGUAUAAAGAUGCAUCACUUUGAUUCUUAAUAUUUCUUGAUCAAAGUAUUGUUCUUAACAUUAAUGUAAAGUUGUUAUUCUUGUAAUAAUUGUUUCUAUGUAGAGCAAUGUUAUUUCAGAAAUCGUGCUCUAUAAAAUGCAAUUUUAUUUUGUCAAAUGAACUGAAGUAUUUUUUAACUACAUUUUGAUCCUUAUUAAUUCAAUUUUAAUUAAGCAAAAUUCAAAAUAUUUGCAGAAAUAUAAUUAUGCUCAAUAAUUUCUUCAAUAUAGAGCAAUGCUGUUAAAGAAAUUGUUCCCUGUCAAAAUCAAAUUUUUUAAGGAAUUGAAAUCUUUGCACAAAUAUAAAUAUCUGCACACUGUACAAUAAUGUUCCUUCUAUGUAGAUCUAUGUUUUUUUAAGAAGUUGUAUUUUAUAAAACUUAAUUUUUUUGUUAAAUGAACCUGAAGUAUUUGCACAAAUAUAAAUGUCUGUACAAUAAUAAUUCUUCUUAUGUUGAACAAUGUGAUUUAAAGAAUCGUGACUUAUAAAAGUCAAUUUUUUUCUUAAAUGAACUGAAGUAAUUACACCGAAAGAGAAAAAAAAAUCUGCAGUAUAAUAACUCUUCCUAAGUAGAGCAAUGAUGUUUAAGAAAUCGUACUCUAUAAAGUAAUUUUUGUAUUUGAUAAAUGAACUGAAGUAUUUGUACAAAGAAAAGUGUUUGCACAAUAAUAAUUCUUUCUAUGCAGAGCAAUGUUGUUUAAGAAAUCAUACUCCUUAAAAGUACAUGUUUUUUUUGUUAAUAAAUAAGCUGAAGUAUUUCUGCAAAUUAAAAUAUCUGUAUAAUAAUAACUCUUUAUGUCUAGAUUUGUUUAAAAAAUCAUGUUCAAGAAAAGUAUUUUUUAUUUUUUUUUUUGUAAAAUGAACUGACGUAUUUGGUGAUUGCAUUGUGAUUGUAAUCACUUCUUUUUUUAAUUAAAAAAAAUUCAAAAUAUUUCAACGAAUACAUUUAAAUUACUUCCAUGCUAUUUUUAAAUAUUAAGCUGUAAUUUAAGAUACUUCCGGACGAAAAAUAAAAUAGAAUUAAUAUUUUUGUAAUAUUUCUUAUUUAAUACUUUGAUAAAAAAAGGACUUUAUUAGUAUAAAAGUUGUGCAUCCAUUAUUUUUAUUUUAAAAGCCAUAUUAUUCAUUUUUCAAAGCUUUAAUAGUUAUUUAAAGGAAUAAACUGCUUUGUAGAUAUUUUGUACAGUAUAAAAACUCUCAAUUUAUGCAUUUUAUUCAGAGCAAUUGCAAUUUUAUAUUUAGUUGAAUUCAAUCUUAAGUUUAAAAAAAUAAUUAUAAUAAAUAGUAAUUACACGGAAAUAAAAUAAUUAAUGUAUUGAAAGAUUCAAAAAAUUAAAAAUCUAAUAGAGAUGACGUUUAUUUUAUAGAACACAUCAUAAUUUCUUUAUAGUUUUUGUUUAAAUGAAUGAAGUACUACAAGGAUAUUUUUAACGCACGCAGAAUUAUAGAUAAUUAGUAUUGUCCCAUUUUAUUUAAGUAAAAAUUAAUAAUUUGCAGAGGUAAAUAAAUUAUAUUUUUGAAAUAAUUCUAAAAUAUAGAAGUAUAUUCUGAUUAAUGUUAUGAAUUUAAAAUGAAACAUCCAAAAUUUAAUAAAUUCAUCACAUUUUCUUUAUAGCUUCAACUGUUUUUGUUUUUUGUCAAUUUUAAAUGCUUAAAGUUUCUAAUUUAAUUUAAAGAGUUUUUCACGAAAAGUAAAUUCAUUUUCAUCGACCAGAAACUUAUUUUAAAGUGUGAUUUAAAUAAAAUAUAAAUAAAAAAUUCUCCAAAAGCUAAUGUAGAGCUUGAAUUGGAAACAUAUUGUGGACAUUUUAAAACAAAUCUAUAUGUUUAACUAUCUAUAUCUAUGUUUUAACAAAUCUAUAUCUUUAUGUACUGUUUUGUAACUUAACAUUCAUUUCAAAGAAAAAUAGUUUACUCUGAAAACCUUAUUCUAUUUUAUUAUGUGGUUCCAUAUUUUUAUAUGAUCUUCGUGAAAGUCAAUUGUAUUUAUUUAAUUGUAUAUUUUAUGUAAACGUGUGAUUUAAAUAAAUUAUUAAUAAAUUUCUUUUCUUAAGUUUGUACCAUUUCUACUUAUUAUUUAUUUAUGAGAGAAUGUAGAUUUACGCAACAAUUUUACCACAAUACGAAUUAGUUUCCUUUUGUUUUAAAGUUUAGUUUAGACAUCAUUAUGAAAAUGUUUAUAUAAUUAUGACAUUUUCCCAACAUAUCAACCAACAUACCAACAUGUGCAAAUUUUAAUAAAUGGAGUGUUUUCAAAA